AUGUCUCAGAUGGUAUGGCUGGUGACAGGUUGCUCGUCACGCUUUGGGUACGAGUUCGUUCUGGAACUGUUAGCAAGGGGAGAGCGAGUAAUCGCAACAGCUCGAAAAGUUCAAAAGUUAGCUACACUCGAGGAGGCUGGUGCAAAGAUCUUGAGGUUGGAUCUCGCAGAUUCUGAGUUGCAAAUUAUGACUGCAGUUAAAGCUGCAAUCGAUAUAUACCGCACCAUUGAUGUUCUCGUCAACAACGCCGGAUAUCUGGAGGCUGGGGUAUUUGAGGGUCUCAGUGACGAGAAGUUUACGUGUCAGUUCAGGACGAAUGUGUUCGGCACGUCGAACGUAACUAGAUCCAUCCUCCCUCAUUUUAGGAGCAGAAGGGCUGGCACUAUCGUGGUAAUUGGGUCCGUCGCGGGAUGGCAAGGAACAUUGGGAGGCAGUGCAUAUAAUAGCUCGAAGUCCGCUGUUGCAGGAAUGUUUGAGGCUCUGCAACAAGAGACGGCCCACUUGGGUAUCCGAUCCCUUCUGGUCGAGCCAGGGCUGUUUCGCACACAGGUGUUUUCUCCCACGAAUGUCUGUAAGAAUGUCUGCCCGAUUUCAGACUAUACGACGGCCACCACAAUGAUGGACGAAUUCCUCGCUGCCACAGCUGGGAACGAGCCGGGCGAUCCACAGAAAGCGGUGAAGGUCAUUAUUGACGUUGUGACGAACAAAGGUGUUGGCAAAGAUCGGGAGUUCCCAGCGCGUCUUCCUCUUGGGAGAGAUGCGCUUGAAAUCAUUAGAAAAAAGUGUUCUGAUACAUUGGCGCUCCUUGAUAGGUGGGAAGAGGUGGUGGUUUCCACUGAUAUUUCCAUGUAGGGGAAGGUCUCCAAUUAACUAUGCUAG